AUGAUAGCGAUAACAAAGUCGGGUAUCAUCCCACCCCGACAACCAGCCAUAGCCCACCUCAACAACCAGUCAGACCCCACCCGACAACCGGCCACAUCCCACCCCCACAACCGGCCACAGCCCACCCCGACAACCGGCCACAGCCCACCCCGACAACCGGCCACAGCCCACCCCGACAACCGGCCACAUCCCACCCCGACAACCGGCCACAUCCCACCCCGACAACCGGUCAGACCCCACCACGACAACCCGCCACAGCCCACCACGACAACCCGCCACAGCCCACCCCGACAACCCGCCACAGCCCACCCCGACAACCGGCCACAGCCCACCCGACAACCGGCCACAUCCCACCCCGACAACCCGCCACAGCCCACCCGACAACCGGCCACAUCCCACCCCGACAACCCGCCACAGCCCACCCCGACAACCGGCCACAUCCCACUCAAACCAGCCACAUCCCACCCCGACAACCCGCCACAGCCCACCCGACAACCGGCCACAUCCCACCCCGACAACCCGCCACAGCCCACCCGACAACCGGCCACAUCCCACCCCGACAACCCGCCACAGCCCACCCCGACAACCCGCCACAGCCCACCCCGACAACCUGCCACAUCCCACUCAAACCAGCCACAUCCCACCCCAAUCAGCUACAUCCAACCCCAACCGGCCACAUCCAACCCCAACCAGCCACAUCCCACCCCGACAACCGCAGCCCCCACUCCUCCUGCUACCGCCGGAGGGUCGGGGGUCGGGGCCGGGACCGGGCUCACAAACCCCGAGGAUGCCCCCGCCCACCGACAGCAGACCCCGACCCCGAACCCAGCCCUCAAGCUCAUCAUGGCCCCGGUGACAGCUCCACCGCGACAGCAAGGCGGAGGACAGAAUGAACGGCCACGGCCGGCACUGGAGCCGGAGUAG